AUGCAGGGCAUUAACUUGUCUGGCGGGCAGAAACAGCGCAUCAGCCUGGCACGCGCCAUUUAUCAAAAUUCCGAUAUUUACUUGCUUGAUGAUCCCCUCAGUGCAGUUGAUCCUCAAGUGGCUAAGUCUUUAUUCACAAAUGUUAUUGGUCCAUCCGGCCUGCUGGCCAACAAGACACGCAUCCUGGUAACGCACAGAUUGAAUGACUUAAAUCUGGCCGAUAAUAUCAUCACGCUCGACACCUUUCGCUCGGAUUCUUUUGACAGUAACCCCCUUGCUGAAGGUUCUCAAGCUGCAGGUUUUAGUGGCGACGGGAUGCCCGGGCCAAUUUUCGAAUCCAGGAUUGAAGAGAUUGGCACCUACGAAGAGCUUAUCAAACGAAGCGGGAAGUUUUCCUCUAAUAUUCAGACCUAUUUGGCAGAAGAAAAGCCAAUUAGUAAGUCUGACGAAAGUCGGAGGCUAGGUACGUUUUUACUUGCUUGCUUAGAUGCAGCAUUUUAUUAA